AGAGAGAAAAUCACAACACAGGCAGAUAGACAGCAACAGACACGAAGCGGGGAUUUGAGAUAGGACCAAAUAGACUGAAGAGGGAGUUGGCGAUUGAGAAAGUGAGAGAGAUAGGGUCAAUACACCGGGCGAAACGGGGACAUUGAUUUGAUGAAUAUUGCGUCAAAAUCAGUUAGAAUAACUCUCUGUGUUCCCUGAGUGACGGGAAGAGAGAUAACACACGCACGCACACACCGUCCGGAGUCCGAAAAUGGAGGGCAUGGCAUAUGGAGCUGGGAAGGCUGGAGGUGCUUUCAACCCUAUAACGUUCUUCCAGCAGCCACACACCAUCCUCCGGAUCCUCUCUUGGUUUUUCUCUAUUGUGAUCUUUGGUUCUAUAGCCAACGAGGGUUACGUGAACCGACCGGACGAGGCCCAGGAGUUCUGUAUUUUCAACAGGAACCAGAAUGCGUGUAACUAUGGACUGUUCAUGGGAACCUUGGCCUUUCUCUGCUGUCUGGUCUUCCUGGCCCUGGAUGUCUACUUCCCACAGAUCAGCUCCGUCAAGGACCGCAAGAAGGCUGUACUGGCAGACGUAGGGGUUUCAGCAUUCUGGUCCUUCAUGUGGUUCGUGGGGUUCUGUUUCCUGACCAACCAAUGGCAGGUGGCGAAGCAGGAGGACAACCCCCUGAGGGAGGGAGGGGAUGCCGCUCGUGCUGCUAUCACCUUCUCCUUCUUCUCCAUAUUCACCUGGCCUCCUCCACCUUCUUCACCCUCCUCCCUUCUAUUUCCCUCUACCUCACCACCUAAUCUACACACCUCUACCUCUCUCCACCUACCCCAUCCCCACCCUAACCUCCUCAACCCUCCCAACGCACCUUCUUCACCCCACCUCUCUCUCAUUUCCCUUCAUCUCACCCCCAACCUACACCCCUCUACCUCCCCACCUCCCUCCCAUUUCCCUUCAUCUCACCCCCAACCUACACCCCUCUACCUCCCCACCUCCUUCCCUCUUCCCUUCAUCUCACCCCCAACCUACACCCCUCUACCUCCCCACCUCCCUCCCAUUUCCCUUCAUCUCACCCCCAACCUACACCACUCUACCUCCCCACCUCCCUCCCAUUUCCCUUCAUCUCACCCCCCAACCCCAACUAUGCCCUCCCACACCACUCUCUUCACCCACUCCCUCCCUCCCCAAGGCGGCCCAGUCCUUUUUCGGCUAUCAGAGGUACCAGCUGGGGGCAGACUCUGCUCUCUUCUCCCAGGACUACAUAGACCCCAGCCUGGAUGCUGCGGCGGCCGGGGACCCCUACACCUCCUUCACGGCCGGGGGGGACGAUCUGGGACAAGGAGCCCCUGUGGGGGGGUCCUCCUAUCAGGGGAUGAACGGCGAGGGUGGUGGGGGGUACCAGGAGUACUGAUGGAGGAAAGUGGGGAUGAAAGGAGGAUGGGGGAGUAG